AUAAAGUUUUGAGCUUUGUGUCGUCCCUUUUGGAAAAAAAGUCUGAACUUUGUGGGUUUCUAAUUAAGGUUUGUGUUAGAUAAAGUCCUUCUGAUUAGGUGAGAUCAAGAGUUUAGGAGUGAUCAAAAUCCUACAAGAUACAGAGGAUCCUUUGCAUAGAUCCGUCAGAUCUGUUCACUAGAGAGCUGAAUUGGCUGUUAUAGAAGACGAUGGAGAUUGUUUUACUUCAUUUGUAGGCUAGCAGAGAAGGUGUAGAACAACACAGGAACAUAUGGAAGAGAUUUCACCAGCAGUUGCACUAACUUUGAGUUUAGCCAACACGAUGUGUGACUCAGGAAUCUCAUCAGGUUUAGAUAUCACCGAGCUGGAGAACGUUACUGAUGUAGUUAACAUGAUGUGUGAUCAGAGUUUUAGCAACGGAGAGGUUGAAUAUAUGAUGGAAGAUGUUUCAGAAGAACCAGAAGAGAAGAUGUCUUCUGAUUAUGCUGUAACUGUCCAAGAAUCAGAAGAAGAAGAUGUAUCAGUAUCUGAUACUACUAUCAUAAGCGAGGGUUUAAUAGUUGUGAACUCUAGGUCUGAAAUAAGUUUACCAGACAAUGGGCGUAUUCUCGCUACAGCUAUUAUCCUAAGCGAGACAACCAUAGAUCAGGUUCCCACUGCAGAAGUCCUUAUUACAAGUCUGAAUCACGAUGUGAGCAUGGAGGUGACAGCUUCAGAGGUAGUCAUUAGGUUGCCUGAAGAGAAACAUAACGUUGCAAGAGGAAUCAGGAGUGUCUAUGAGCUAGAUUGUAUACCUCUUUGGGGCUCUGUUUCUAUUUGCGGUGAAAGAUCAGAGAUGGAGGAUGCUGUUAGAGCUUUACCUCGUUUUCUGAAAAUACCUGUUAAGAUGCUAAUGGGGGAUCAUGAAGGGAUGAGUCCAAGUCUCACUCACCUCACUAGUCACUUCUUUGGUGUAUAUGAUGGCCAUGGAGGUGUUCAGGUUGCUGACUAUUGUCAUGACAGAAUCCAUUUUGCUUUGGCUGAAGAAAUCGAAUGGAUUAAAGAGGAACUGUGCGAGAAGAACACUGGGGAGGGUAGGCAGGUCCAAUGGGAGAAAGUGUUUUUCGAUUGUUUCCUAAAGGUUGAUGAUGAAGUUAAAGGGAAAAUCAACAGACCUGUUGUUGGCUCUUCAGAUGAGAUGGUUCUUGAGGCUGUUUCCCCUGAAACCGUUGGAUCAACUGCUGUGGUAGCUUUGGUUUGCUCAUCACAUAUAAUAGUCUCAAACUGUGGUGACUCAAGAGCGGUUUUACUCCGUGGCAAAGAGUCUAUGCCUCUAUCAGUUGAUCACAAACCAGAUAGAGAGGAUGAGUAUGCAAGAAUAGAGAGAGCUGGAGGAAAAGUUAUACAAUGGCAAGGUGCUCGUGUUUCUGGCGUUCUCGCCAUGUCCAGGUCCAUAGGUGAUGAAUAUCUGGAGCCAUAUGUAAUACCAGAUCCCGAAGUGACGUUUAUGCCACGAGCAAGAGAAGACGAGUGUUUGAUAUUGGCUAGUGAUGGACUUUGGGACGUGAUGAGUAACCAAGAUGCUUGCGAGUAUGCAAGGAAACGGAUCUUAUUGUGGCACAAGAAGAAUGGAGCAUUGCCUUUAGCUGAGAGAGGUGUAGGGGAAGACCAGGCGUGCCUAGCCGCUGCUGACUAUCUCUCAAAACUCGCUCUUCAAAAGGGAAGCAGAGACAAUAUCUCGAUCAUUGUGGUGGACCUGAAAGCUCAAAGAAAGUUUAAGACCAGAUCUUGA